UCACUUUAGAUUGAAUGUGGUUGUUGGGUUUUGGUGGUUUACGCGGCGUAUAGUAAAAUUUUAUAUAGAAAAUAUUAAACCAUGAACAUAUUUAGAUUACUUGCGGACUUAUCCCAUCUUCUAGCGAUUAUUAUUCUUUUACUUAAAAUAUGGAAAACAAGAUCGUGUGCAGGUAUAUCAGGGAAGUCGCAGAUACUUUUUGCAAUAGUGUAUACCUCACGGUAUUUGGAUUUAUUAACAACGUACGUCUCUGCGUAUAAUACUAUUAUGAAAGUGGUGUUCAUAGUUGCAUCGUAUGCAACGAUUUAUUUGAUGUAUAUCAAAUUCAAAGCAACAUACGAUCACAAUCACGACACUUUUAGGAUUGAAUUUCUGUUAAUCCCAUCAGUAAUACUUGCGUUGUUGAUAAACCGUGAAUUCACAUUCUUAGAGGUGCUUUGGACCUUCUCAAUUUAUUUGGAGAGUGUAGCAAUUUUGCCACAGUUGUUUUUGGUAUCAAAAACAGGAGAGGCUGAGAGUAUUACUUCUCAUUAUUUAUUUGCUUUAGGAUCAUACAGAGGACUUUACUUACUUAACUGGAUUUACCGUUACAUUGUGGAGGAUCAUUAUGAUUUGAUUGCUAUUGUUGCUGGAGUUGUACAGACUGUGCUCUACUGUGACUUCUUUUAUCUUUACAUCACAAAAGUUUUAAAGGGAAAGAAGUUGCAACUACCUGCAUAGAAUCUAGAGUGCAAUAGUAAUUUGAAGUAGAUAUCUACCGGGAUAUGAUAAAUUAAGUCAAUAUUUUAACCUAAGAUCUAGUUUUACAGUAUACAGUUUGUAUGACGUGUUUUUUACUGAAUAAUUAUUAAAAUUAAGCAUAUAAAUGCUAUACCUAACAAUUGUUUUUUCAACCAUAUAAUUUGUUGUUGGUGCUUCUUCUGUUUUUCAUUAAUUAUGAUAGCCAAAUAAGUAUUAUUUAUGACCACUAACAUUUCCAUAAAUUUUCUAUUUUGACAUUAAGUGCAUUGUAAUAUGAACACAUUACUUUUAUAACUUUACUAAAUUUAAAUUGAAAAUAACAAAGCCAAUGUAGGCGAAAUGAUUGUAUGUAAUAUUCAACUAAAACAGAUUAGUUAUAGGUUAAUUUGAUUGCCUCACUAUCUUCCAAAUUGAAUAACAGUUAUAGGAUUAUUAUGAAAUUGAUUCUGGUGUGAUUUUGUAUGCCAGUAUACCCAAAACAGCAUAUUUGUCAUAAGAACAUGAUUUUUAUAUAGUUCAUAAGGUGUUACUGUAAUCUUGCAAAAAAGUUGUGAAUAAAAUUUGGAAGUGUCUGUAACAA